UAUGUAGUGUGUUCUGCUACUUUUGUGUAGGUAUUCACUACUAAGUAUAUACAAAACAAAUUUAUCAACUAUAAUCUUAUUUACUAGUAACAAAGUGUUUCUUUCAGUUUCAAGCAAAAUGAGAUCACGAUACCGUGCAAAGAUUGAAGCAGACAAGAAAAAGUUGAGGGAACUGAUAGCGGUCUACAAUGAAGACAAUACAGAAAAACUUAGUGUAGACAUUGAUGAAGAGGGCAACUUUCCAUGGUAUAAUGACACUCCUCAACCAACUGAUAAUGUUACUCUUCAAGAAAAGAGAAAUGCUGCAGAAAAGCUGCAUAUGUACAACAGGACUAUGGAAGAACAAAAUGUCAUUCAACUGGAAAUGAAAAGUUACUUGGAUUUCUACAGAAAAAAGCUUGAGAUAACACAAAGACUAGAUGAUGUACAAAACAAAAGUGCUCCACCCUCUUGGAUAAUUGAAGAACCGGGUAAAUACUCAAUAAAGAAGUCAUCAUUCCAGCAUGUAACCAGUGGACUUACGGCCCUCUUGCUAAAUAUGAAAAAAUUGUAUCAAAUUAAACUAUUUGAGGCAACUAACCUGUUUUCUGAAGACAGGGAAGUAGAGUACAACAAAUUUCAAACAGACAGUCAAGAUUCCGAGGAUUCCGAGACCGACAGUGACAACAGUGUAGUCAGUAUUGAGUCACAGACUGACAACGAAGAAAUGGAAGAAACACUCUUCCCUUUGACUUGA